UUCUUCCGCAACCUGAUCGAGGUCGUCGUCUGGUCCAGGGAAAAUCGCCGCCGCCGUGCCUCAUGAUGGAUUCAUCUUCUUCCUCCCCUUUGCUGAUCGCCGCUUUCCUGAUUUGCAAUCUGAAUAGCCUCGCUGUCCAGCCUUCCGAUCUCCCUUUUUUGGUACCGUCGACGCCGUGGUUUCGAGAACUGUGGAUCGGAGUCUCGAAAUAGCGGGAGAAGGCUCUGAAUGAAACAGGUUUGUGUAGAAAUUGGUGCAAUCUUCUUAAGUUCAAUCAUCUUGGUGAAAAGAGUUGAAGAAGGUGUUGAUUGUUCUCAUAUUUUCAAUAUUGAGAACCCAAUUUUUAAGUCCAGGAUGCAGCGGCCUAAGAUUCAAAAUUCUGGUUGGGCUGCUUUUGGUCGCAAGCAUCAAGGGAAAGAAGGCACGCUUCCUACAGACACUGUGGAUCCCUUCCCAUCCAUCUCAGACUCGAGUUCUUCCUUUGCUACAAAAAAUUUGAUGACUAACAAUUUUCCACCAUUGAAGUCCUUUUCUUCAGUAGUUCAUCCCCCUCUGGAUGUCCCACCACUUGGGACUAGCUGCAUGAUCAGGACAGUAAAUAAUAAUCCGUGCAGGAAGCAUGUUGAUUGUCAGGCUACUACUGAAACUAAUAGAGGUUCUGCCAUAAAGUUGCUAAAAGAUGUCCAUACUUGGGCUGACCAACAGCUGAUUGAAGGUGUUUUAUCGGCUGUAGAUUAUGAUGUAGGCCAAGCAUCUGUUCUUCUUAAAGCCAUGGUUUCACCUGAUACCAAAAUCAAGGAAGCUAGUCUUGCUAACCCAAGUUCUUCGAUAACAAUGGAUCGGUGCGGAGAGAAUAAUAAAAUUGUCCAGCAAGGCACUUCAUUAGAAAAUAAAAUUUCAGGUAGCGCACAUAAAGCGUUAAUAUCAACCAAAUUGUUAUCUGUACCUGCUGAACCUGAGUGGGAAGAAGAUGAUGUCUACUUGAGUCACCGGAAAGAUGCAAUAAAGAAGAUAAGGGCAGCAUCUCGGCAUUCACGGGCUGCUAGUAAUGCCUUUUUCAGGGGUGACCAUUUUUCUGCACAUCAGCUUUCUGUAAAAGCUCAAGAUGAGUGGAUGGCAGCUGAAAAGUUGAACAAUAAGGCAGCAGACGAAAUUUUACAUAUUAGAAAUAGCAAUAAUGACUUAUGGAAGAUAGACUUACAUGGUCUGCAUGCACCUGAAGCUGUUAGGGCACUGAUGAACCAUCUUCAUAUGAUAGAGUCUGGGAUCUUGAUGAAUCGUGUAGCUUCUUCUGAUGGAUUAGCAAAACCAGAAGCUGGUAUGGUAUCCUCUCCAUCAUCUGAAUCAGUUAAAGACUUUCAAGCAGAUUCUAUGACCAGGAAGGCAUUACCUCGGCAAAGGCAGACAGUAUUGCAUGUUAUCACGGGGAUGGGCAACCAUAGCAGAGGGCAAGCAUCACUUCCUUCGGCAGUCAAAAGCUUUCUUAUUGAAAAGGGAUACCGUUUCGACGAGGUAAGACCUGGUGUAGUUGCUGUCCGUCUGAAAUUUCGCCACAAGUGAGGGUGGGAUCCUACAAAUCAUCUGUGGAUACAUGGCUUCUGAAUCCUCAUCUGCUACUUCUCAAAUCAGUCUUCGAGUACUUGCCAUCCUUCUUUCCUUCUCCAGUAGUCAACCAUAGAAGCUUCAAGAGUGUCAAUUUAGCCACCCAACUGAUAGAUGCGUGAAUGCUUGAUGAUUCCUCUGUGGCACACUUCAGAUUAGGUGUAUGUUGUGCCACACACACUGUCAUCAUCCUUUUGGAAUUUACAAUGAUGCAAGUCAUGCUUAA